UUAAAAUUAUUACUGCGUGCGAAUAAAAGUGCGCACCAGUCAUGUUAGUCGCAAGGGUGUUCCUAGCGGCUGUGCUCCUCCGCGCGACUUUCACGUCGGAAGAGAAGAAUCACUCGCAUCUCUCGCGCGUACUUCGACUGAGUGACGAGGAGGAGCCGGAGUACUUUGUUCAGUGUAGUUUGGUGAAUAUAUGGAAAGAGCAACUCGGUCGUGUGAGCGUUCUGGCUUUCCUGGAUCCCGCCUGGCUGUACAGCUACAGACAAGCCGUCAUGCUGCAGUUAUUGAGCUCGCGCUUGCGGAAAUCCGGUUUCCCGGAUAUCCGAUUUUUCGUGAUAACGCCGCCGCCCGAUCUGAUGGAGGACAAAAGCGAGAACGAGAUCGAGAUAGAGGCAUGGCGGGAUAUUGCGGCGAUGUCUGAAACAAGGCACAUCGUGAAUGCCAAGGAUCAGUUGCUCAAGGACGACGGGCCUGAAAUGAUCAACCUUCAGGAUGGUCCGCGUUUCCGCAUGUGGGAGAGGUUCCGCGCGUCGAAGGAUCAAGUGGUAGUCAUUGAUCGUUGCGGGAAAUUAACGUACCAGGUGAUAGUGCCGUGGAGUAUUUUAUAUUUCCCUUACGUGAAAGCAGCUAUACUGUCUACAUAUCAGGAAGACCCGUGCGGCGGAUGUGAUCCCGCUGCGCAUCGAUCUCAGGAUGAUAAAGAGUAUUCUUUAAAUCUGACAAACAACGCUGCUAAAGAAACAGACUCGCGCGAAACAGGCGAUGUCAGCACUCCAGUCUGGACCACCACCGAGCGUUUGGAGAAGUUCACUGCACAACUUAAUGAAUCAUUAGAGGAGGAUCGCGAAGCGACCAUUGCAUCUUCUAUUAUCAUCGAUGAAGUAACGGAUAUCGAUCGUUCUGACCAUUUAACUGAAUCGUCGGUGAAGUACGAAGCUAUUUGUCAAUAUGAUAACGGUGCGACUAAUCCGGAUACGGAAGAAACUCAAAAUCAAGAGCAGUCGAUCAGUUGGACUCGAGAUGAUAGUACCAUCUCCAGUGAAACAGCUGCGACCUUUGACCUACAGGAGGAAUCUCCAUAUACGCCGAUAUCGAUAGAGGAUAAUACUGUCACUGCGAGUUACGCGGAUACGAAGGAUCGUACUUUAUUGUUGGACGAACCGAUUGAUAGGAUCGAUGAGAUUAAAACGAGUUUGUCGCCUAUUCCGGAAACAACGAUCUCAGAUGCUGAAGUUAGCGACGAGGCUCGAGAUAACGGUGAAAGAACCACGCUGAAGGAGAACGCGCCACCGUUGCAUAUAAUUAUGCACGCACCACAUGUACAUAGGAACGGAAAGAAAACGAAAAAACACACGUACUUGAUUCUGAAGACCAACGAUCCCGAGUUUCACGGACAUCUUGACUCUGAAAUCGACGUUAUACCGCCAUCGAAUUUACAAUGGGACGCUGAUUUUCAAGCAAAUACCGAAGAAUAUAACUGGGAAGCAAUUAAAGUAGACACAGAAGAAAAAGACGCCGGACAUCAGAAAUAUAUAUUUGACAAGGAUGAAAGUCCGGGAUUGUUUGGGGAAGUAGCAGAUUAUUGGAAAAGUUAUGAAGAUAGCGAUAUCAUUGAUAGGAAUGAAACAAUCAAUGAUAAUACUACGAUUACCUAUAAAGAAGAGCAUCAUGCUAAUAUUAGCGACCACACGAUAAAACUUUCAAAGUCGUCAGAAAUAGAUGAGAGCUACCCAAUUGCAAAUCUUACAGGUGACACAAGUAUUAAGAAUUCUACAAACUCGCAGAAUAUCGUUGAAUUAGAGAAGACUGGUUCUUCUAAACCUAAUAUUGUAAAUAAUCAGGCUGAAAGAGAAGAAGGACAAAUUAAUUUAAUAGAACAUUAUAGUAAACUUCUAUCUUGGAUUGAUUACAGAUUAAAUAAAUAAAGCAGUAAAUUUA